CAACAUAUAUUUAUAAUUAUAAUGGAGUCAGCAGCAGCAGCAGCACAUCCAACUAAUAGAUGGAUACCAUUCCUGGCGGGUGGUAUUGCAGGUGUCACUGCAAAGUCAGCAGUGGCACCUUUAGAGCGUGUAAAGAUACUUUAUCAAAUCAGAAGUGACAAGUAUGGUACAGGUUCAAUCACUGGUUCCAUCUCAAAGAUCAAACAACUCGAGGGCAUCAAGGGUCUGUGGCGCGGUAACACUGCCACCAUCACACGAGUGUUCCCCUAUGCCGCCGUUCAAUUCUUUACAUUCGAGACAAUCAAACGUGUAUAUGAUCGUCCAUUCUCAUCAUUCAAUAUGUUUAUCGCUGGAAGUUUGGCAGGUGGCGUGGCGGUAUUGGCAACUUACCCACUGGACUUGUUGAGAGCGCGACUGGCAAUAGAGGUCACGGAAAAGCAGACAGGCAUGGCAAACUUAUUCUUUGACAUUGUUAAGAGGGAUGGAAUAAGAGGAGUGUAUCGUGGCAUUGAGUCGACAAUCAUUGGUAUUCUGCCUUAUGCAGGCAUCAGUUUCUCAACGUUCGAGACACUCAAGGCAAUGGCACCAAACUGGGCCAGAGACGACGAGGGCAAGCUACAUCCAACCUACAAGCUGUUCUCUGGUGGAAUGGCCGGUGGCAUUGCACAGACUGUAGCAUAUCCAUUCGAUGUCGUUCGUCGGCGCAUGCAAACUCAUGGAUUUGGUGAUGGCAGAGUACACAUAGACGUCAAGCAUUCUUCAUUCCGAUCGAUAUACAGGAUACUGACACAAGAAGGCGUGAAGAACUUAUAUAAGGGAUUAAGCAUCAAUUACAUCAAGGUUAUUCCAACAUCGGCCAUUGCAUUCUAUACAUAUGAACUGAGUACACAGAUACUGAGUAGACUGUCA